GAGAGGGAGAGAGAGGGAGAGAGAGAGAGAGGGUUGUGCUUAUAUUGUCUCUGUCACGGUACCGGGUCACUGUACUUAACAGCACGUCAACAUACUGUUCGAAGCUACAGUAUCUCUAUCGACUUGGACUGCUUUAUCCUGAAUUUGGCUACACUCGAGGACUGAAGCCUCGCCUCCUCUGAGCUCUCAUCAUGGCCGCAGUGGACGAGGGUCAGUUUUCCAUCAUGAGUCUGGAGGAUGAGCUGACCUGCAGCAUCUGUCUGAGUACCUUUGAGUGUCCGGUGACCAUCCCCUGCGGACACAACUUCUGCCAGGACUGUCUCCUCGCCACCUGGAAGGAAACUUACAGCUGUCCUCAGUGUCGGACCCACUUCCCCACCAAACCGGAGCUGAAGAAGAACACGGUCCUCAGCACCGUGGUGGAGACCUUCAACCUGAGGUCGAGCAAGGGCGAAGAGAAAGAGGAGAAAAAAGCAAAGGAAAAGGAUGUCAUACGCUGUGACACCUGCAUGGAAGCAGAGGCGUCCCAGACCUGCCUCACCUGCAUGGCCUCUUUCUGUGAGGAGCACCUGCGUCCUCACCGGGAAAAUCCCAGAUUCCGUCUCCACCAGCUGAGUGAGCCUGUCGGGGACCUGUCAGACCGCAUCUGCUCAGACCACAGCAAGCUGAUGGAGUUCUUCUGCAGCCAACAUGGCCGUCCAAUCUGCAGCCUCUGCCUCCAGCAAGUCCACAAAGGCUGCUCCUUCACGACCCCUGAGGAGCAGAGGAACCUAAAAGAGUCUGACCUAAGAGAUAAGUUGAGUUUGCUGGAUGGGAAGAUUUUGAAGAACGAGACUGUCAUAAAUCAAAUGAAGGACAUGCAGAAUAAGUUGAAGGACUCAGCAACCAACAGGAAGAAAGCUGUGGCAGCUGAGUAUCAGCAGAUGCGGGACAUGUUGAUCCGGGAAGAGCGUGAUGCUCUGACUGCUGUCGACCGAGAGAUGGAGAGUGGUCAGACCAAACACAGGACUCUGAUGAAGAAGUUUGCUGAGAACAUCGAUAACAUGAGCAAAGCUAAAGAAGAUAUCCACAGUCUGCUCGGUCAGUCACAAACACUGGCAUUCCUGCAGGGGUCAUUUAAUCUGCCCCAAGCUGUAAACUUUGACCCUUACGCCCCUCGAAUCAGCCUGGACUCCAAGAAGGUGAUCACAACACAUGCCUUUGCUGCUGCCUUAAAGGAGUAUCUGACAGAGAUCUUUAAACAGCCUGUUGAGGCCAGACUGCAAAUGAUUAAACCAGGUGAAUACACAGAAAUUAACACUGACAUUGUUACAUCUGGUGAAAAAGCAGCUUCUGCCUCAGGAUUUAAACCUUUGAGCCCUGGGCCUCACGAAUCCGAGCCACAGUGGCCCCCAGGGCAUCUCAAACUUCCCAGGUCCCACAGUCCAGGUCCAGGUGCCCAACCCAAAGCAGGCCCAAAGAAGAAAAACCAAAAACAAACCAAAAAACCUCCCCAAUCCACUGAGGACACAGUUGGAAAUAGGAAUCUAGCCCGUUCAAUGGAAAACCUGUUGGAGUUUGGUGGGAAAGACAAACCCAGAGGCUGCCCCCCUGCUGCUGAACCCAGUCAGAUACCAGAAACUUCAGACAUUACCCCAAACAUAACAUCUGCUGAAAAAAGAAGUGAACUCCUGAAAUAUGGCACAGUACUCACUUUGGAUCCAAAGACAGCCCACAAACGCAUCAUACUGAGUGAGGGCUUCACCAAGGCCUCUGUGUCAGAUGAGCAUGCAAACUACCCCGACUGCCCUGAACGCUUUGCUGUCUGCUCCCAGGUGCUCACUUCCAAGGGCUUCUCUAGAGGGCGUCACUACUGGGAAGUCAGACUGAGCAGCAACAACUUCAUUGGCAUUGGCUUGGCUUACAGCAGCAUUGACCGCAAAGGUCCCACCAGUCGACUGGGCCGCAACGCCCAGUCCUGGUGUGUUGAGUGGUUUAAUGUUAAGCUGUCAGCUUGGCAUAACAGCAGUGAGACCGUGCUGGUCAACCCCAAUCCAAAGCGUAUAGGUGUGCUUCUGGAUUGUGAGGAAGGCACGGCUACCUUCUAUAACGUGGCAGACAGGGCGUAUCCUUUCCACUCAUUUGUUUUCCCCUUUGCUGAAGCCGUGUAUCCAGCUUUCUGGAUUUUCUCAAGCGGCUCAUCCGUUACUUUGUGCAAGCUGCAGGCAUGAGGAGCGUAUGCACAUAGAAUGGCAUAUGCAGCCACACACACUAUCAUACACACACAGUCAGCCCCUAUUACUACUACUAGUACUACUUAGUGCUAACAUCAAAGUUAUAAUGUCCAGGAUGUUCCUAAAAAAUUUUCUGUCUCGCCUUGCUCUCUGUCGGUGGAUGGAUAUAUAAAGAGCUGAAGGUCUGUGCCUGUUUGACCAAGAGUGUGGCAGAGCUUUGGCUUCACUCAUUCAAAACAACAUUUUGUUUCUUUGAUUCCUGGCAUUGUUCUUGCCAAUGCCACUCCCUGUCCUCAUUCACUCUCUAGCUUGUUCGACCACUGCUGCUCUCUCUCUUGCUCGAUGAGCCAGUGGGGAAGGGCCAACUCUGAAAAAUGUGUUUACAAACAGCAACCUUUAAUAAUGUACAAGAAUAAAGUCUUAAAUCUAUUUUGCUGUUUGUCACAGCAGCUGAAUUUGUGGUUAUACGACCACAAAAAUGAAGCUGGCAGAGCAUCUGCCCCGGCAGGUUUCUCAAAACACCGGAAAAGCAACACAACUGGCAUGACCUGCAUCCCAAGUGACUGUGAUGCAUUUAUGUGUUUGUCUUACAAUUUUAAGAGAACACACAAAACACACUGUACACUUGCUGUACAGUGUGUUUGUGCCAGUGUGUGUCCUGUAUUAAUAGUGCAGACUACUUAACAUACACUGGAGAAUAGUUAUGAAUGUGAGUGGAUGAAGAAGUGAAUUCAUCACUCAUGUCAGUUCAGUGUUUUGAUAUGAAGUCUACAUGUAAAAAAAAAAAAGAUUCUUUUGGAGUGAACUGAAGUGUGGCUAUUAAAGUUCUGGAGCUGGGUGAUACUGCAAAAAUGGGAAAGAGUACCAAAACAGUAGCAUGUUGUGUGUUUAGCUGUGUUUUCAGCUGUCUCUGUUUGUGCACGUCUCUUCCUGAGGGAUGGCUUUGGGGCUUUGUGAUUGGAUAGAAGACGCUUUGUGUCUGUUAUGCUGUCCAGUGCACACCUGAACACUUCAAUACAUUGUCUGUAGGGUACAGAUAAUGUUUUUAUCAAGAUAAGUGAAUAUAUUGUUUGUAUCACCCAGCUCUAUGUGCUCACUUCCUCAACUCUUCGACUGGUUUGGCUGAUGAGAACAAAAGUCACAUAGACUCUGUUUAUAUCAAGUUCUGACAGUCUCUUUUUUGUUUUUCUUUUGUUUUCAUGGCAUUUUGCCUUAAUUGGUGGAGUUUAAGCUGGGAAAUAUUAGGGAACGAGAUGAAGGGUGCAGCAAUGGUCCUUGGCCAGAUUAGAACCUUGGAUGUCAUGCUUGCAUGGUAUACCCCAUAGAAAUAAAAUGUUAUACUAUUUUAUAUCUAUGGUCACAAGAAGCCAUCAGAAUGCUCUGUUGGCUUUUUGUUAGGUGGGGGGAAGGUAGUAAGAUGUACAGUUUCACAGGGGUAAGUUAUUUGUUGCAUGAUACAAAGUUUACCCCUGUCCGUAAGAUGUGCUGAAACACACUGGUGAUAUUAGUUACAGUGGCUCCAUUCCUGAUGUGGCACAUCUGGAGUCCAUCAGGUAAAGUGGUUGGUCAGUAUGAAUACUGAUCAUUUUCAACCAAACUUAUGAGCAUGCAUAUCUUGCAGAUGCUAGAAGAAGUGAAAUGACAGACCAUAUGGGUGUAAAGCAGUAGAGAUCUGUCUACACAAUAUAUAGCAUAUUAACAGUGAAGUUAGUCGUUUGAACCUGGUUCUCUUUUCUGAGAAAGGUAGAAGAAGCACCAACUUCACUGCAUUUAAGAGGCACAGAAGACACUGCUGUCCAGAGUGACUUAACUGAUAAGAUCUCUGUCAGGCAUUUCUGCUAGUACACUUCAGGUAUCGGGCCUUUUUUAUUAGGCUGCAUACUGAUAUCAAAAGGCACUAUGCUUCAAUGCACAGAAAAUCAGAACCAGUAAAGUGAGAUAUGCUGUUUUUAUUAUUUCUUGUGGCUUAUCCUCACAAUGGGACAGAUAUGUGAAUCUACUGAAAGCUUUAUGACACCGUAAUAAGUGCAUAAGAUAUUGUGUUGAUGCUUGUUUGUCUUACUACCAAAUGUAAAUAACAUAAUGCUGUCUGUGCUUUGGUGAAAUAAGGAAGAGUUUAUUGCUUAUAGUCCCUGUUUUUGGGCUGUAAAAUGUAUCCUAGAUCAGCUGCAGACUUAUGUGGCCCACAGAUGCUUUUGUUGCUUUGUUGUUGAUUGUCCAUUGCUGAUCCUCAGCUGAAAUGUAGUUCAUUAUUGAGUUAACACUGAACCACCCUCUGUGUAAGCCUUCGAUGUCCAAAUGUCCUGUGCCCAGUGUCUGUGAAACAGGUGAAUAUGAAGUGCUAGUUGAUUUAAUUCAGUGUGCCCAACAGGAGAGGAUCGGAUAUGAAUGCAUUUAUGUGACGUGUGUGUCUUAAAGUUUAAAAAGAUUAUUACUGUGUUAUAUUUACUUCAAUGAAAAUCUCUUUGUAUUAGAAAUUAACCAGUGACUUCUAUUAAUAUUUUUUUUUUUUCUGAGAUUCUCUUCUUCUUUUCUCUUUACAAAGAGAUAAACUUUUCUGCAGAUGACAACAUUAGUAUUGAGCUGAUAACUGAUUCCCAUCUAGCCGUAUGAGAAGCUAUAUACACAGAUCAACCACAACAUGAAAUCCUUGAGUCUAAUACUGUGUAAGUCUGUCGAGACAUGGAUAAGACCUCUGAAGGUGUCCUGUGGUAUCGGGCACCGAUACAUUAUCUGCAGAUUCUUUAAGUCCAGUAAGUUGUGAGGUGGGGCCUCCAUGGAGUUGACUUUGUUGUCCAGAACAUCCCACAGAUGCUCUGAGAUCUGGGGAAUUUGGAAGCCAAGUCAGCACGUUUGACUCUGUCAUACUCCUUAUACCAUCUUUGAACAAUUUUUCAGAUCCUUGUGCUUAGCCAUCUUUCCUGCUUCCAACACAUCACCUUCAAGAACUGGCUGUUCACUGGCUGCCUAAUGUCUCCCACCCCUUGGCAGGUGCCAUUGUAAUGAUGUGAUGUAAUGAUGUGAAUGUACUCACAGAAUAGAGCUCUUAGGGUAUCAGAGCUUAAAACUACAGAAUAUCAUGUUACUGUGGUGAUAAAAGUAUCUUGGUUAAGUCAAAGUCAUGUAUGAUCGAGAUGGUUGUUGAUUAAUGUGAUAUUCCCCUACAAGACAGCAGUUAAUAAAAUGUUAUGUUGA